CCGGUGGGUGAAGAGAGGCUUCCUCCUGGCCAUGUCCGUGGGCUGCAAGCCGGAGAAGAGGAAGAAGAAGGAGAGGGGGAGGCUCAGGCUAACGGCUCGCCCUGAAACUUUCCCCGAGGCCUCUGCGGCAGAGAUGGAGAAAAUAAGCACGCUACAGGAACAGAAGGGGGAACUCUGUAAGCGUCUUUCUUACACAACUCACAAACUGGAAAUGCUUGAAACUGAAUUUGAUUCUACACGUCAGUAUCUUGAAGUAGAACUGAGACGCGCUCAGGAAGAACUAGAAAAAGUGACCGAAAAGCUGAGACGGAUACAAAACAACUACCUAGCCUUACAAAGAAUUAAUCAAGACUUAGAAGAUAAAUUAUACAGGAUGGCUCAACACUAUGAAGAAGAAAAAAGAGCAUUAAGCCACGAAAUAAUAGCCCUCAAUAACCAUUUGAUAGAAGCCAAGGUGACAAUCGAUAAAUUAUCAGAAGAUAAUGAGCUCUAUAGAAAGGAUUGCAAUUUAGCUGCUCAGCUGCUCCAGUGUAGCAAGAAUUACGACAGGGCGCAUAAACUUUCUGAGCUGCCAGCUGAAUUUCAGGAACGUGUCAGCCUCCACCUAGAAAAGCAUGGGUGCAGCCUCUCGGUACCUCUGUGUCAUACAUCAUUUGCUGAUAACAUACCAACUUGUGUCAUUGCAAAAGUCCUGGAAAAGCCUGAUCCAAACAAUCUUUCUCCCCACAUGUCAAGCCCAUCAAGCAGAGAUCUUGCUUUCCAGGAAUCUCUUGGAAAACUUGGCCAAAGACCUCAGUACAAGUCCGACAUUUACUGCAGUGAUACAGCUCUUUACUGCCCUGACGAAAGAAGGCGGGAGAGAAGGCCGAGUGUAGACAUGCAAGUAAAGGGCGUUGGGUUCCUGAGGUCCCAGAAUUCCACUGACAGCACAGUUGAAGAAGAUGGCUUCCAUUCCAGCUUCUCCCAUGAAGCUUUUCCAGAAUAUGUUACCUCUCAACCUACUUCUAGUUCCUACUCCAGCUUUAGUGUAACAUCUGAGGAGAAGGAGAAUGCCCAAGCUAGCACUUUGACAGCCUCCCAGCAAGCCAUUUACCUGAGCAGCCGCGAUGAGAUGUUUGAAAGAAAGCCAUCUUCAGGUUAUGAGCAGGGGAGUCCAAGGUUUGCCAAGGCUAAAUCUAUUCAACACAUGGAGCUGGCAGAUGACAAUGAGAAUUCCCCUACUUUCACUAGGACUAUGUCACCUUAUGCAAGUGAGCCUUAUCAUUUCUCGGCCAUAACAACUCAACAAGCUUUAGCAUCACAAAAGAUGCGCAGUGAAAGCAGGAACUCCCAUUUGUCAGAAGAAGAUCUACCCGGACAGUGGAGACAGCUUAGUGUGGAAGAUAUUGGUGCAUAUUCUUACAGGAACAGUGGCAGGCUUUCUCCCUGCAGCUUUUCAGAGCAGUAUUACAGAAGUCCUAUAAAGAAAGGAGACAGUCGAUCAAGUCCCAUUUAUGCUAGUUACAAAGGUGAUAGCUUCUCAGAGGGAGAUGAUAUUUGUCAAAGUAGACUUGUGGACUCUUGCUUCCUGAGGACAGACAGUGGUCUGAAUAUUGACAUAAGUACCAGCUGUAAGCAGGACAAAUUGCCCUCUUAUAAAACAAAAGAACUGAGGGACAAAAAAAGUGAAAGAAUUACAGUCCAGGUGUGCAGUAGCAAAAGCAUUGAUGGGAGUCCUGUGUUGAAAAGAGAAUAUGUUGAUGUUAGUCCUAACAGUUCAGCUGAGUCCCUCAACCAUAGUUCUAUGGAGGCUUCAGAGAUCCAUCAGUCUUCCAUCGAGCAAGGAAGCCAUUCAAGCCUCCAUAGCAAGCAGCAGCAGUUUCAACGGACUGGAAGUACCGGCUUAAGUCGAAAGGACAGCCUCACAAAAGCACAAUUGUAUGGAACUCUCCUUAAUUGAAACAUCUUCCAAAGCUGCAAUAAAGAGAUAGGUAGAAUAAGACAGAACAGCAACUAUGAUGACAUUUGACACGUCUAGUAUCCUGUAGGUUUCUGAGAAUAUAUAUAUUAUAUAUGUGUAUGUAUAUGUGUAUACAUAUACAAGUAUAUACAUAUAUGUGUGUGUAUGUAUAUAGAGAGAGACACAGAGAGGGAACAUACACAUACGAACAGUCACGGUACUGCUUUAAGCAGGAAAAAUGAUAAAACCUGAUAAAGGGAAAGAAAAAUAUUACAAGACACUUUUCACAUACAGUAAUGACUUUUCCAUCUUGGAUACUAACCCUUUGCCCACUUUUAUAACCUAAUAUAUUUUUAUAAACAAAACGGUAUUUAUUAGAUUAUCCUUAGUACUCUCAAGCACUUUGAGUGACAUUUUUUGUCCCCUUCAAGUAAGUUUCUUAUUUAUUUUUUGUGCAUGAGGCCACAUGUGCCUAAAUUCUUGGAGGGAAUGGGUUAAAAGAGAAAGAGGGAGCAAGAG